AUGGCCCCUAUCAAUCUUUCACACAGGCGAACGCACAACUUACUCUUGAUUUCGAAACUCUUGAGCUUGCGUGACACUGCAUCGCCCCUCACGCUUGUCUUAGAUUCUUUGGAGCAACCGGCUACGCCACUCCUGAAAGAAUAUAUCAGACGUGCAAAGCUAUCCAAAGUCCAUGUCACACUCGUCGCUUUUGAAACCCUGAAGCAACCGGAUGGAGUCGAUGCUUUUGUAUCAACACGCCGCAAGAGCCCUGCCGAUAUAGUUAAAGAAGUGAGCGCAGUUUAUCAGCCUGUUGCAGCCUCCAACCCCUCACGCAGGCGUCUUAUCAUCAUUGACUCUAUUAACCCCCUUCUGAACUCAAAAAGAGUCGACCCUGGAUUUGAUUUACCCUCCUUCCUUGGCUCGUUUAUUGCUCCCACGUCGCCAUCGGCCAAGGUUGAUGCGUCACUCGUGGUGACAUAUCAUCAAGAUGUCCCCGAACUUCCACAGCAAAGUCCCUACUCACCAUCUCCUAUUUCUGUGUUGACAUACCUCGCUACGAGCAUCAUCACACUUCAUUCGUUCUCGCACGUUCUAGCACAGAAGGCUGCUCGCGACCGCAGUCUGGCUCCUCCAGUCUUCGGGCUUGAGGAAGAGCAAGAAGGCGUUCUCCUCGGCCGAUUGGACAGAUUGGCUGGUACUGGCAAAGCCGAGGGAAUUGUUAUUGAACUGGAGCACAGGCGGAAGAGUGGCCGUGGUGUACUGGAAUGGUACCUUCUCCCGCCUGCCUCGCGGUAUUCGCCACAGCAUCUGAAAGAGAUCGUGACGUUGCUUGACGAUAAUGUUUUGUACAAUCCUCCUAUGGGGCGAGAUCCAAGCGCGGGUGAUGAGGAACUAACGUCGACCUUUGAGCUGGGUCUCACCGACCGACAGAGGCGCGAAAGAGAAGGUGUUGUGUUGCCGUACUUCGACGCACAGCAUAACGAUGGCCCAGGCGAAGGAGGUCGGAUUCUUUACGAUAUGGGAGAGGAAGACGAUUUCGACGAAGAAGAGGAUGAGAUUUAG